CAUAAUAAUACUCACAAAUUACUCCACCAAUAUAAAACCUUCUAGACGAUCCUUAAUCCAUAAGCAAACGACUCGUACCUCCGCGUUUCAUCAGUGUAGCAGGUACAAUUACAAAACACCUCUUCCUCUUCCUCAUCCUUCAUUCUGUUUCUCUCUCGUCAUCUAAUUCUUCCAUCACAUUCAAUCACUAUUAAGAUUCAUAAACCUCCAGCGAAGCCUUGCCUUUUGAUCCGAUCUUCCUCCGCCUCCGCCCUCCAUCAUGUCGAUGCUUGAUUCUUUUUUCAACAAGGGCUUUAAAGGAGCUAAAUGUAAAACUCUUCUGAAAUUGACAAUUCCACGGAUAAAGUUGCUUAGGAACAGGAGAGAGAUUCAGAUUAGGCAGAUGCGCCGCAACAUAGCCAACCUUCUUGAGACUGGUCAAGAAGCCACUGCUCGCAUCCGGGUGGAACAUAUAAUAAGAGAAGAGAACAUGAUGGCUGCUCAAGAGAUUCUUGAGCUGUUUUGUGAACUUAUUGCUGUCCGCCUUCCAAUCAUUGAAACACAAAGGGAAUGCCCUCUUGACUUGAAAGAAGCGAUCUCCAGUGUGUGUUUUGCUGCACCGAGAUGUGCUGAUCUACCAGAGUUGCUGCAGGUGCAGAUGCUGUUCGCUUCCAAAUACGGCAAGGAAUUUGUAUCGGGUGCAACUGAGCUCAUGCCAGAUUGUGGUGUUAAUCGCCAGUUAAUAGAAUUAUUAUCUAUACGUGCUCCUUCAUCUGAGAAAAAGCUCAAACUUCUUAAAGAAAUUGCUGAAGAGCAUGAGUUAGAUUGGGAUCCAGCUGCCACUGAAACUGAGCUUUUCAAACCGCAAGAAGAUCUAUUGAAUGGGCCAACACAGUUUGUCAGUGGGUCUAAGCUUCCCCUUCCCAAAGAGAAACACGAUGAAACAUUAACUUCUGUCCCUGAUCAAGCUCACCAUGAACAGCCUGAUUCUGAUACAAGAUUGGAGAUGUUAGAAUUUCCUGAAGUUCCUAAGAUGGCAAUACAGCCAAAUAUAAAUACGUUAGCUACACCAAUAACUCCAUCACUGCCAGCUGCCCCACCCCCUGAAGUUGAUCAUGAAUCAUUGCGACAAUAUGGAGCUACUCAAAAUUUGUCACAAGAGCUGCACUUGGAACCUGAGGAGGUGACGCAAGAAAGAUCAGUGGCUAACAGUGAGGAAAUACCCCAAAAUUCUGUUAGUACCAAAGAAGACAGACAGUUUGUGCCAUUCAUUGCUCCCCCAUCACUAUCUCCCGUAUCAUUUUCUGCAAAACAGAGUGAUCCACCUGUCACAGUUUCGAGAAAAAAAAGUGAAACCAAUGUGGAUUUGCAGGAUGUUUUGGCUGCCACACAUACAGCUGCUGAAAGUGCAGAGCGUGCAGCAUCAGCAGCUCGCUCAGCUGCUAGUCUUGCUCAGAUUAGAAUUUCUGAGUUAACUAAGAAAAAGAAUGAUGAAGACUCUGUGGGUGACUCUGAGAACCCAUUUCAUAUAGAUGGCCCUGAACAAUCAGCUACAAAAGAGAAGCCACAUCUUGAUCAAAAAAAUUCUAUGAAUGAUCCUGAUUGUGUUCUAUAUUCUCCGGACUCCCAUCAAGUUCAUGAAGGGAACAGGGCACACGAGUCAUCUGAUCUUCCUUCAAUCGACAAACUCAAAUUUGAUUUUGACUCUCCUCCUUCCAAUGAUCAAAUAUUUGAUCAGGAACAUGUUAGUCACCAGCCGCAGAGAUUGCCUUCAAUGGAUGAUGAGUCGUAUUUUUCAUACCCGAAUUUGUUUGCAUCACAAAACUCAAAUCUUGGAUCUGUUACUCAUUCUUUUCCAGAUACUUCCAGAUCCAACAAUCAGCCUAAGAAAAAAACUCAUGCAGCUUGUUGUGCAGUAAAAAUCUCCAGCCUGGGAUGUGCCUUUGUUCGGAGCGAACAUCAAGUCGGGAGCGAAGAUGAACAACGAAGAGCACAAAUGAUUAGCACAUGUGUGCGAGCAAGGGGGUCUACCACGUGA